GUCAACUUUUUGACGUAAAACAUAACGAAGUAGAGGAAAUGUAAAAAUAUCCCUCCUUAGCUCUACCUUUAGCACCAGAUUUAUCUCGUUUAUUCAGUUUAGCAAUUAUAUCUUACAAUACUUUAUGUCAGUGAUAAAACAAGAUAAUUUAACCUGAGUUGAAGGUUAAGCUGAUAAGGGACAUUAACUAUGGAAAUAUCAUUCAGAGGAAAAAAGGUUUUUGUGACUGGUGCCGGUCAAGGCAUUGGUCGUGGGAUAGCAGAACAGUUGUGGCGCACUGGAGCUAAAGUGGUUGCCGUCUCCCGCACACGAUCACAUCUCGAAACUCUACAGAACGAGUAUCCAUCUAUAGACAUUGUGGAACUAGAUGUAGGCGAUUGGGAUAAGACCAGGGAAGUCAUCGAGUCGUUAGGACAUUUUGAUGCCCUCGUCAAUAAUGCUGGAAUCGGAUUAUGCCAACCUUUCCUUGAAUGUACACCAGAAGCCUUUGAUACAACUAUGAAUAUAAAUCUGAAGUCUAUCAUCAAUGUCAGUCAGGUGGUUGCCAAGAAAAUGAUAGAGAAUAAAACACAAGGAGCCAUCGUUAAUGUUUCCUCGCAAGCAUCUAAGGCAGCGCUUAAGGACCAUACAAUCUACAGCGCUUCUAAAGCGGGACUGGAUGCAGUAACGCGUGCUAUGGCGUUGGAACUAGGCCCAUACGGUAUAAGAGUGAACGCAGUGAACCCAACCGUCAUCAUGACAGCGAUGGGUAGGAUCGGCUGGGCUGAUCCAGAUAAAGCCAACACGAUGCUCUCGAAAAUACCACUCGGAAGAUUCGGGGAAGUAUCUGAGGUGGUGGAUGCAGUGUUAUACUUGUUGAGCGACAAAGCAAGCAUGAUAAAUGGAGUUGAGUUGCCCAUUGAUGGCGGAUUUCUUGCUACAUAAAUAAAUCAUAAUAUAAGAAUACAAAUUCGAAAUAAAGCAUGUAAAAAAGAAGUAUUUAUUAAACUAACUUAAGUUUAUUUUUUAACGCUGCAGUGAAUUAAAUCCUAUUAGUAUUGUACUUGUACCAAUAAAAACGAUAUAGGCUACCUUUGGCGUGUAAAAUCA